ACUUCCUCAUUGGGAGCGUUAGCAGCAAAGUGCUUCACCGUCCAGCGACGUUUGGGGCCGAAACAAACUCAGCGCGUCUCUUUUGACUUUAUCUUUGAGCCUCACAAAUGUCAAAGCCUCCUCCCAAGCCGGCCAAGCCAGGCCAAGUCAAGGUGUUCAGAGCGUUGUUCACCUUCGAUCCCAGAACACCAGACGAGCUGUACUUUGAAGAAGGAGACAUCUUAUACAUCUCUGACACGAGUGACACUAAUUGGUGGAAGGGGACGUGCAGAGGAAGGACGGGACUAAUUCCAAGUAACUACGUGGCUGAGCAGGCCGAGUCUAUCGACAAUCCGAUGCACGAAGCAGCCAAACGAGGGAAUCUGAGCUGGCUGAGGGAAUGUGUGGAGAACAAGGUCGGGAUCAACGGACUGGAUAAAGCUGGAAACACUGCCCUCUACUGGGGAUGCCACGGGGGCCAUAAAGAUGUGGUGGAGCUUUUGCUAAGCCAGCCCAACGUGGAGCUCAACCAGCAGAAUAAACUUGGAGACACUGUGCUGCACGCUGCUGCCUGGAAGGGUUACUCUGACAUUGUGGAAAUGCUGCUUAACAAGAAUGCGAGGACAGACGUCAGGAACAAUGAGAAUAAGCUGGCUCUGGACAUGGCCACCAACGCUCAGUGUGCUUCACUUCUCAAACGGAAGCAGGGAAGCAACAUCACCCGCUCACACAGCAACGCUGAGGAGUAUUUGGACGACGAGGACUCCGACUGAGCCGGCCCGUUAAAAACAUCAUCACUGUCUUCCGUUGGGUUUGGAGUUUCAUUGCGGAGCUAAAAUGGAUUUGCUGUAACCGUAACUCCAUUUUAGUUCAAUUAUUUUGUUCAAACACCUCAAAUCUCGGCCCUCUGCGUCACGCCGGGGUGAAUUUCAAAAGCGUUGGGAUUAAUGCGUUUUACGGUUCGCCUGCUUUGCCAAGUGCAUUUCCACACGCAGGGAAUUUGUCCUGGAGCAUCGGUUACGUACAGCGAGCUGAGGGGCAGAAUGUAUGCGGUAGUGGGGGAAAAAAAAAAAGGACCAAAGCUCUAGAAAAACACAUUCCAAACGUACAGCUUAUGUUUAACCUAUUAAAGUGGGAAUUAAAGUGCCAGUGCAGAUUAAAAGAUUGAUCUGUUGUGUGUCUAGUUAAGUUUUCAAGCUACACUUUAAUUAUUUGACUACAAAUCUGACCAGAGGGAAUUGGGAACGCAUUAUCUGGUGGACUAGACACCAUUUAGAUUCAUUUCUGUGCACCGGGGAGGCAACAAAACGUGUAUUUAACCUUAAUAUUUCCCCUUUAAAUGGGACAUUUUCUUGUAUUAUCUUCUUAACGCCUUAAUAAGGGUGCCAUUAAUGAGGAUAAAUGGGCUUAAUUGGGGGGGAAAGUAUUUGUAAACUGUCUUUUUGUGGCAGUAAUCUCAUGAAACUCACCUGUCACCCUCCGUACUGCGUGUACUUUGGUCUGAUAUAAUAUUACCGCUACCUGCUUUCAGUUCAGUGUAACCAAAGCAACAUUCUGCCCCGUGUAAAAACAGACUUUACUCUAUAAUCUUGCGAGCUUUUGAUGGUGUGAUUUCCAUCCUGGGAGCAAAUUUCUGGUCUUAUUGUCGCUUUCCAACAUUUUUUUUUUUUUUUUAAAGUGCCUUAAACAUGUGUAACAGAGCAUGUGUGUCUGUGUUGGUUGUUUUUUUUUUUUUCAAUGUGAAUUUGUCUUCUGAGGUUCUGAUGAUUUUGUCUCUAGAUUUCUAUCUGCUCUGUCUUCGAUCUGAAAUAAAAGAUUUUUAACUUAAACUCCUUUUGAAUACACUGAAAUAAAUAUACAUGGCGUGGAGGAGAUCA